AUGGCGGAAGACAAAAAGGAAAGCAAGGAAGAGAAAGACGACAAGGACGAAAAGAAAGACGAGAAAAAAGACGGCGACAAACCAAAAGAUGUCAAGAAGGACAGGCGUGAUGUAGUGGUCCACCCCAUUGUCUUGCUCGGCGUUGUGGACCACUACAACCGAGUUGCAAAAGGAACUACCAAGCGAGUGGUUGGAACCCUGGUGGGUGAGGUGUCGGACUACAGCCUUCACAUCACCAACUGCUUCGCGGUACCUUUUGAGGAAGAUCCACGAGAUCCACAGGUGUGGUUUCUAGACCACAACUAUCAUGAAGCCAUGUUCGCCAUGUUCAAGAAGGUGAACACAAAAGAGCGAAUAGUUGGGUGGUAUUCAACAGGACCCAAGAUAAAACCAUCUGACCUCAGCAUCCACGAGCUCUAUCGACGGUACUGCCCAGAGCCAGUGCUGGUGGUCAUGGACGUACAGCCGAAGGACUUGGAGUUGCCCAUGGAAGCGUACUAUUCCGUUCAGGAGCAGACCUCGGAUGAGGUUUUCAAGCGAACGUUUCUGCAUGUGCACUCCACUGUUGGAGCCUUUGAGGCUGAGGAGGUUGGCGUCGAGCACUUGCUGCGUGACAUCAAGAAUGCAUCAGCAUCUACUCUGGCUGUGCGCGUUGGGGACAAGAUCGGUGCACUGAAGGGCUUGGCCAUGCGACUGCGCGAAAUCUCACAGUAUUUGAGCCAAGUGGUAGCGGGGAAGCUCCCAAUGAAUCAGGAGAUCAUAUACCAGUUGCAGGAGAUCUUUAACCUCAUGCCCGACCAGGACUCAGAGGAGCUGAUCAGAUCACUUGCCACGGAAACAAAUGAUAUGAUGCUGGCUCUGUACCUCGGUAGCAUGCUCCGCUCGACCGUGGCGCUCCACAAUCUGAUCAACAAUAAAAUGAGAAACAAACAGCAGAAGGAGAAAGCUGCGGAGCCAAAGGACAAAGAAAAGAAGGAGGAGGCAAAGAAAGAAAAGGAGGAGCGAAACACGACAGCGGCACCGCCUGCGGUUUCGAAUCGCCUUGAAUCAAUAGAUUUCGACAUCUAUGAAAGCCAGCACAUAUCAGAAGGCGGAAAGCCAAGACCCUGCGGCACUGUGAUGAGGUGGGCCAUCGUGUCCACAAUCGGCAUAGCGACUGGUUUGGUGGCUUGCGGAAUUGAUUACGGCAUCGAGAUAUUGACCAAGCUGCGGUUUGAUUUGAUUGAAGGUUUGGUCAAUAGCGGAGCGGAGCAGUGGGUUUUGAUGAUUGUCCAUUUGCUACUUUGCGCGGCCCUGGCUGCAGUUGCAGGAGCUCUUGUUUGCUUCGUGUCACCGCUGGCUGCAGGAAGUGGCAUCCCUGAAGUGAAGUGUCGUCUGAACGGUAUAAACUUGCCGCUUGUGGUUAGAUCAAGGACGCUUCUUGCCAAGGCCUGUGGGGUGCUGUUCAGUGUCUCUGCAGGGCUCCCAUGCGGCAAGGAGGGCCCCAUGAUCCACAGCGGUGCAAUUAUUGGAGCACUCUUCUGGCGAUGCAUGCCUUUGGGAUCGAAUGUCAUGGGUGACAUUGAGCUUCGGGAUCUGAUUGCAGCUGGUGGCGCGGCAGGUGUCGCUGCAGCGUUCGGUGCUCCGAUUGGUGGCAUGCUGUUCGCCAUGGAGGAAGGAGCUUCCUUUUGGAGUGCCAAGGUCCUGUUGCAGGCGCUGCUAAGUUCCUGCACCUCCGCCAUAACUUUGAACCUCUUUUUGGGAGGUUUGGACUCAAUCGGAUUUGGAACCCUUGGUGCUCUCGGGGUUCUUACCUUUGGCGAUUAUUAUGAGACUGCAAAUACAAGCUAUCAUAUUUGGGAGAUGCCCUUCUUCGCAGCACUGGGGCUUCUUGGCGGUCUUUUAGGCGCAGCCUUCAAUGCCUUGAACGUUCCACUGACAUUGUGGCGGAUGCGAAGAAUCGGGGCUUCGGGUUGGGCCCGCUUUCUGGAAGUGCUCUGCGUGACUAUUUGCAUAUCUGCUGUAUUCUUCGUCCCGGCCAUCAUUGCACACAAGUGCUAUGUUACUGAUGUGGAUCAAGGUUCGCAUGGUGACCUUGCAAUGGUCUGCAAGGAGACCAAGGCCAAGCAACAGGGGUUGGGCCUGUUCAUGACACCCAGUGAGGAUGCCAUCAAGGUUCUUUUCCAUGAUGCACAGGUUUAUGAUGCCAGACUGUUAGCUUUGUUUGGAAUCAUCUACUUCUUCUUGGCAUGUUGGACUUAUGGACUUGGAGUUCCAAGCGGACUCUUUGUGCCGUCUCUUCUGGUGGGAGCUGUCUUCGGGCGUCUUGUUGGGCAAUGCUUGCGGCUGCUGAGCGAUAAAGUUGCACCACCGGGAAUGUACGCUCUUGUUGGUGCCGGUGCAUCUCUGGCAGGAAUGGCACGCAUCACGGUUUCCCUAGCUGUCAUACUCAUCGAAGCGACUGGGAACACGCAGUACUCUCUUCCGCUUCUUUUUGCAGUCGUUUUAGCACGUGGCGUUGGGAAUGCUUUCAACGAAGGCAUUUAUGAUAUCCACAUACAUUUGAAGAACAUUCCGUUUCUGCCUGCUGAGCCAGACAUCCUGGAUACUGCGCUGGUGUCUAGCGUCAUGACAAUGGAUGUUGCGGCUGUCAGCAGCAUCGAAAACAGAUCUCGCUUGAUCAGUGUUUUGGAGACACCGCACAAUGCCUUUCCAGUAACUGAGCCCGGCACGGCCCAGUAUUGUGGCAUGUUGAGUCGCUCUGCGUUAGUAGACCUUCUGGGUGACAGAGACGGGCGGGACCAAUCGGAGGGCGGACUGGCCCAAGCAACCUCUUUCCUUGGCCAGCAGUCAGAAGUGGACCUGAAGCCUUAUGUGAACGUAGGAGCCUACAGCAUCGAGGACACUGCAACAGUCCGUCGUGCAUACGCGCUCUUUCGGACAAUGGGCUUGAGGCACUUGCCAGUCGUCCGGCAUGGUUGUAAGCUCUGCGGCAUCCUCACACGCAAAAACUUCUAUGAUAACGGCAGGGCAUGA